AUGGAAUCAUCAAAUUUACCGGGAGAUAAAGGGGAGAUCGACUCCCACAGCGAUGAUGAAGGCGACGUCACUGUAGUCGCACCUGGUGCGGAAAUGAACGAGCUUCGGGAAAUGGUAAGAAAUUUACAAGCAAGUUUCAAGAAUUUGGAACAAAGUGUAAAGCAGCAGAAACCAAUUGACGCCACUGUUGCCGGCGUACACCCCACUUCUGACGAUGGUCAUUCUGCUAGUGCUGUCUGUGCCGACACAUAUAUCACACGCCCCCCUAUUUACCCAUUCACUAUUCCCUCCGCUGGCGUCACCGUUGCCGACGCACAAGUCAAGCCCUCAGAUAUAUGUAACACUUACGUCAAAUUUGCCCAUGUACCUGGUUCGGAAACUACAGUCACCGAAAGGCAUAGGACUAACGCCACCUCUGCUGGUACACCGUCUGGUAUUGCGCAGCAAGCCGCCUGCCCUUAUAUAGAUUGUCGUACGUCAGCGGCAGAACGAGCCCGCCCCUCAGCUACAUUCAGCUACUUCAACAGAGAGUACCAAGCAAACUCAUCGCUGCCGAAUUUAAGUCAUGCAAACAAUAUUUAUAGUUCUUACCCCCAUCCUAGCCGGAAUAUGCCAACACCUAUUCAACCAUGUAACCAAAUGGGCCCCCGUAAGUUAAUCGAUUUGCCUGAAUUUAAAGGAAUGCCAGAGGAAUGGCCACUGUUUUCUACAGCAUAUAAAGAAACGACAGCAACGUAUUUUUACACAGAAUUGGAAAAUUUAUUUCGCCUUCAGAAAGCAGUGAAAGGUAAUGCACGCCAACGAGUCGAGUCGCUGCUGAUUCACCCAUCCAAUGUAGCCACAGUCAUGUCGACUUUGGAAUUUUGUUAUGGCCGACCUGUACUUUUGAUUCGAAGCCAAAUUGCAAAAGCGCGUUCAUUCCCCGUAAUCACAGAAGCGAAAAUAUACGAAAUUGUCAACCUUAGUACAAUGGUAUCAAAUUUAGUCGCUUUUCUAGAAAGCGCAGGUGCAACGCCUCAUUUAAAUGAUCCUACUUUGUUAGACGAACUUGUGAGUAAACUUCCAUUAGACAGGAAAGAAGAUUGGAUUCGCCACAAAUUUUCGAUGUGUCAGUUGUAUCCGAGUAUAAAAGAAUUCGGUGGCUGGUUGCAACAAGUAGCUAUGUUUGUUUCUAUGGCAACGGGAAUUGUAACAACAGAUCAGCAUUGCCAGAAAUUUAAUAAGAACCCGAGAACAGUGUUGACAGUGACUGCGAGUGAACAAAUAUGUGUAUUCUGCAGUGAGGAACAUUUUUUGUAUCAGUGCCCAAAAUUCAAAAGUGCUGAACACAACCAGCGAUGGAGUGUUGUUAAAGCAAACAGAUUAUGUUUUUGUUGCCUACGGGCAGGACACAAUUUGCAAAAUUGUGCGAAACGUCGUGAGUGCGGCAUCAUGUUCUGCCGCAAAUUUCACCACCGAUUGCUCCACAACUCAAACGGCAACACUGACGAACAAUUCAACGCCGUCAAAGUGGGCAACGGCGCAGAAGAGUGCAAAGCAGAAACAUGCAAAUCAGCUGUGGCAACAAUAAGUACAAAAGAGCAAAACAGAAAUGUUGAAACUAGAACAUUAUUGAAAUUUCUGCCGGUGCGUUUGACUGGCCCGAACGGAUCUCUUAAUGUUGUCGCCUUUAUAGAUGAUGGAGCUAUGGUGUCACUGAUGGAAGAGGGAGUAGCUGAUUUUCUGGGUCUAAAGGGCAGAACAGAAAAGUUGUCACUGAAAUGGAUCGGAGAUCAAACGAGCAGUGAAUUGUCCCGACAAGUAAACGUCGAAAUUGUAGGCACCUAUAGAGAUGCGCAAAGGUUUAACAUGAAGGGCGUACGCACAACCAAGAAGUUAUGCCUGCCAUUGCAAACGCUGUGUUUUGAAGAAUUUACUUGCUGUUAUGACGUGUUGAAAGAUUUCCAAAUAGAAAAUUAUGUCGACGCAGAGCCUAAAAUUCUCAUUGGGUUGCCACAUAUUGAUUUGGUUCGUGCUCAGCAAGUAAUAAAUUUUGAUAAUGGGUUUACUUUGCAUGAAACAAAAUUAGGAUGGACUUUGUUUGGUUCAAAUAAAAUAGGUUCAGCAGAGAAUAUAGUUGGACAUGUAUGCGUUGAUGAGCAAUGUUUAGAUGAAAUGCGUAAAGAAAUUGUCGAUUACUUUAAUUUUGAAAAUUUUGAGCCAAGAGCGGGCCCUCGACUUAAGUCGAAGGCUGAUAAAAAGGCUGACGAUAUACUACAAGAAACAACAAAACUAUUAGGAGAUAAAUAUGAAACCGGGUUAUUGUGGAAGGAUGACGAUUUUAAGUUUGAGGAAAGCUAUGGCAUGGCUCUAAAGCGUCUUGAAAUGCAAGAACGAAAAAUGUCAAAAGAUUUAGAGCUCAAGAAGUGGUAUAAAAAUAAAAUUGAGGAGUAUGUUAGCAAGGGUUAUGCACGGAGGUUGGUGUCAGAGGAGGCAGCUUGUAUCAAUGAACGAACUUGGUACUUGCCUCAUUUUGUGGUGUACAACAUAAACAAAAACAACAAGCCAAGACUUGUUUUUGAUGCGGCUGCAAAAGUGAAUGGCAUGUCGCUUAAUUGUGCUCUUAUGAAGGGUCCAGAAGAGUAUCAGCCAAAACCGUUGCUCUCAAUCUUGUAUAAAUUCCGGCAGGGAAAGAUAGCGAUAUGCGGAGAUAUACGAGAAAUGUAUCACAGAAUUAACAUUAGAAAGGAGGAUCAAAACGCUCAACGGUUUUUAUGGCGUGAAGGCAAUCAGACAAAACCGCCUGAUACAUAUAUUAUGACGGCCAUGAUAUUCGGGGCUAUAUGUUCCCCAUGCUCAGCGCAAUACGUUAAGAAUAUUAACGCGGAAAUGUAUCGCAGUGAGUAUCCAAGAGCUGUUGAAGCUAUAAUUAAUCGCCAUUAUGUCGAUGACUACGUUGACAGUUUUGAUACUGCAGAAGAAGGCUCGCAAAUUACAACAAACGUUAUCAGCAUACAUGCUGCGGCUGGUUUUGAGUUGCGUGGUUUUGUUUCGAACUCUGGGAAAAUGCUACAAUCAAUUUGCGGAUCAUCCAAGACUUUGAAUAAACUAGGAUACCAAAACAUGUGUCGUGGUGAAAGCGAAACUGGGAAGAUUCUUGGAAUCUAUUUUGAAUGGAAGUCGACGUCCUACGAAAAGAGAAAUGUUAAGCAUGAUAAUGUCGGUUUUCGAUCCAUACGGGUUUUUGUCGAAUGUGUUGGUGUUGCCGAAGAUUUUGAUGCAGAGGUUAUGGAAAUUAAGCGUUGGUUGGAAUGA